AUGGAAGGAGAGGGUGGCAGUGAAGAUGCUACUCCCUUUGAGCUGUUAUCUUUCUCUCUCAUAAGCAAUGCUUCCAUCGAGCAAGGCACAAGCAUAAACUGGGAGAUAAGCUGUGGGGUGGGGGGGGGAGAUUUGGUCACAAGCCUCUCUACCCCACCAUGUGGCUGUUUGCUCCCACAGGAGGCAGUGAUGGCUAUCACCCUCGAUGGCUUUAAAAGGAGGUUAGGCAAAUUCAUGGAGGAGACUAUCAAUGUGAUGGCUAUAUGUUCUACCUCCAAAGUCAGAGGCAGCAAUGCUUCUGAACACCAGUUGCUGGAAACCACAAGAGGAGAGAGUGCUUGCUGCUCCACUCAGGUCCCCCGUUGGGGAUUCUCACACGCACCUGGUUGGCCACUGUGAAAACACAAUGCGGGACUUACAUGGGCCAUUGGCUUGAUCCAGCAGGCUCCUCUCUACAAGAUAUAGCUUGCAUAUGAAAUUAGUCAAAAGGAACAGGAAUGGAACAUCUUGCCAUGUGAAAUUUAUUCUAUCAAACAGCUGGAUAUCCCACUGAAAGCAACAGAAUGGGCUUCGGUUUAGCUAGGAGUUGAAUCAGUUUAUACCUGUUUUCUCAUUUAGUGUUGUCAACUGAUUAACUGAUUUUAUUUUAUUCUCUUCCCAUCAACUGAUCAGGAACAUUUAAAUUCAGCUGCAUAUUGCCAAACCUCACUAUAAAUGCACUUUUUAAAAGAAGCCCACUUACUUUUUCUGUUGGGUGGUGUUGCGGCCAGGCGUUGGGCCCGGCUGGGGGUGAAAAGCGUUGCCGGCGCUGGGUGGGGCCCCACCGAGGGAUGGCCCCACUGUCUAUUCAGCGCCGGCAGGAAGCGUGGCCAUAUGAAAUUUAAACUGCAGCGUGGCCGGGGACCACCCUCUCGUGUCCUUUGCCAGAUUUUCUGGAAACUGAUUAUCUGGAUCCAUUUCAAUCGGGGUUUAGGCCUGGUUUUGGCACAGAAACUGUUUUGGUCGCCCUGUAUGAUGACCUCUGUCGAGAGAGAGACAAAGGGAACAUGUCCCUGUUAAUUUUUCUCAACCUCUCAGCGGCUUUCGAUACCAUCGGCCAUGAUAUCCUUCCGGAGUGAUUCUCCAAACUAGGGUUGGGUGGCACUGGUUUGUGGUGGUUCCCGUCCAACUUGGAUGGUUGUUCCCAGAGGGUGUUACUUAGAGAUUGCUUUUCAGCCCCGUGGAAUCUCCAAUGCGGGGUUCCACAGGGCUCAAUUCUAUCCCCUAUGUUGUUUAACAUCUACAUGAAACCGCUGGGUGGGGUUAUCCGGAGGUUCGGAGUACAUUAUCAGUAUGCUGAUGACACUCAGCUCUAUUUCUCCUUUACAUCACCAGGUGAGGCAGUGGAAUUGCUGGACCAGUGUCUUGCCUCGAUAAUGGACUGGAUGAGAGCCAACAAACUGAAGCUCAAUGCAGAUAAGACUGAAGCACUGUUAGUGGGUGGUUCCCUAGACUGGAUGGCUGGGAGGUUGCCUGCUCUUGAUAGGGUUACACUUCCUCUGAAGGAGUAGGUUCAUAGCUUGGAGGUACUCCAAGGAUCCAUCCUUUGCUGUCGCUCGAGGCUCAGGUGGCCUCAGUGGCCCAGAGUGCCUUCCAUCAGCUUUGGCUGGUGGCCCAGCUACACCCCUUUCUGGACAGGGAAAGCCUAACUACUGUUGUCUAUGCUCUGAUCCUGGUCCAACUGCACUGGCUGCCGGUUAGUUUCUGGGCACUGAUUUUGAUUAAAGCACUGAUUUUGACCUAUAAAGCCUUAAAUAGCUCAGGACCAUAAUACCUCAAGGACCACCUCUUUCCAUAUGAACCUAUCCCGACCCUGAGACCCUCUUCUGAGGCCCUUCUUUGGGUGCCUCUGCUCUGGUACCCCAGUUGAGGAACUCCUUCCCACUGAAGAUACUGAUGUUCCCCACUUUUAUCUGUUUUUAGGCAUCAAGUUAAAACUUAUUUCUCCCUUACAGGCUGCUUUAAGAAUUGGUUUCUUCUGCUGGUAGAUUGUUGUUUUGUUAUCUUUGUUGGGUUUCUGGUUUUUGUUUGAUACCAUUGUCUUGUAUUUUAAUGAACUGUUUGUGUAGCACCUGGAAAACAUUUGAGCUGAACAGCAGGCUAUAUAAAUACCAUAAAUCAAACUUUGAUGUAAUGAGAAGUUUGGCUUGAAGCCCUCACUUCAAACCUUUCUAACGUUGUAAGCUGCAACUAGUGGAAUUCCCUCUUCUACAUAACCAUUUUUUAUUAUGGAAGCCCUAAUAAAAGAAAGUUGCUGUGGAUGAUUUAACUAUGCUAUGAUGAUGAAACCUUGGCAGAUGCACAGUAUGAGAAACUUCAAGCUGAACUCAGCCCCAAACCAUAUUUACUUUGAGGAAUAGACCCACAGUAUCUAGGUUACAGCUGGGUUCAGCUUGAAGUUUCUUGUGCCUUGUAAAUGGAUAAAUAAAUACAAAACCACCACCAUGCAAAAGAUAAAAAUAAAUGUGGCAACAUAUGCGCAGGCAAGAAGUACUCUAAUAUGUAAAGAGACAAAAAGAUCAAGCCUAAGAAUCCCAAUAGGCUUGAAGGGAAAAGCCCAAGAACCUAAACUUCCCCUUUUUAAAAGCUGCUAAGGAAGACAACUGUUUAAAAUGUACAAGGUAAAGGCCGUAAGGCUGUGGCUUAUUCAUUUAUUCAGAGCCUGAGCAGGCUUUUCACCUUUAGAAGUCACACCUCUGAUGGCUUUUCUGCCCCACCAGCUCUUUCUUUAUUACGCACUGGGGAAUUCUCCUUAGAAACAGCUACAUAUCUGAUCUAAUGAGAUCCUUAUAUAUGCAGUAGUUUUGUACAUUAUCCCCUCCUGCCUCUCCCUCUCUCUCUUUCAUAUAGUCUAGCAAGAUAAACAGUGCCUUGCUCACCCAUUAUAGCACGUGUGCCAGCUUUACAAAGUCAGUGGAGAGAAGCGAAAGCUGUAACAGUAAUUGAGGUUUACAGAAGUUUGCUCUGCCUGGACCGAUUAUACGAUAAAUAUUGCAAGGGGGCCAUCUAGUGGCUAUUACUGGUAGCAUAAGGUAGUUUAUCUGUGGCAGUCUAUGCGGUGUCAGAGGAGGGGUAGUACCUCUGGUGGGGAACACGCCAUGCUCCUUCUGUUUGUCCACCUUUGGUCUUGCACUCAGCUCUCACUUGUGGCUCCUAGAAGCUGUCAGCAUAUGACAGUGGCCACACACUUUGACUGACCGGCUAAACCAGCUGAGAGUAGCCAGUGGGUCUCAAAUCCUCAGUGUGUUCGAAACAUCCCCUGCAUUUGAAGACAGGCUCUGGCAGAUUGAGCAGAUGGGACCCAUAGUGGGUCCAACUCUCAAGAAAGAAGUUCCUGCACGUGUUGUAAAGGGGAGCAAGGGGCAACUUGGCCAGUUUCCCAGCUUCUCGAUCUGGCUCAGGAAAUGCAUGUGUAGCCUCAGUUUCUGUGCACACCUUCCAACGCAGUUCAAUAUACAUGACAACUGCUUCAGUGUGCGUCUUGCCCCUGUCUUGCCCUAGUUUCCACCAGAGACUGCUUCCAGAAUUAUUGCACAUAACCUCUUCAGUACUUAAAUUGAGGUGCAGCUUCAGAGCCCUGCUCAGCAGAAAGUACUUUGAAGAGGUCAUCCAGUCGAAGCCUAAGUGACAUCUAAGGGCUAUUGUCAAGCGACGUUAAUAUAAAACCUUGUACCUUUUCUGGUGCUCCUUUGAAGAAGGGGGGAAAUACAACUAUAAAUGGUAACUUGAACUGCUUCCCCUGCUGUACUAUUGAUAUUCUUAUAAUCAUCUGUGGCAUUCUGUGCUGGGUUUCAUUACGUUAAUGUUUGCCAUGUGAAAUGUUUGCCAUGUAAAACAUUAGCUUCCUGUAAUUCAGUUACUAACAGUAACUUCCCCAAACAAUGUAUGAGUAAGUGCAUCUCAAGCAUAACAUGUCCCAUAACAAUUUUUCCUCCCCAUGGGGUAAGCAUUUGAUGAUACCAAAGAAGGGAAGAGAUAAAUUCACAUUCCAUUGUCAUUAUAUGCCAUCGUUAAUAUUAGCAAAAAGGUUUCAGUACUUAGCUUGAUGAUAAUGAGUUAUUAACAGUUAAUGGCCUUUUAGGCCAUGUGAAUAGUUCACUUUUUGAAUAAUAAGAAUUAUAUGUCAUGGGCGGACGGGGGUCAGGAUUUUAGAGAUGCUUAGGUGGGGCAUGGCCAAAAAAAGGUUGGGAACCACUGAUCUAGACUAAGUUGGCUGGAUUUAGUUCCCAUUUACGUGAAUAGAACUUAAGUCACUGCUCACUGUUUUCAUUGGUUUCAGGCGGCCAUAAAUCCAGUCAAAGGCAAUUUGAUGCUGGCUAUUUUAUUUUCAGCCCCUUUCUUACUAAACCCUAGAACUGCAAGUGCCUAUUUCAUUGCUGCUGCACCCUGAGCUGGCAUUUGCAAAUUGCCCCCCUUAAAAAUCAAAUUGCCCCUCUGAGGGGAACUACAGGUCUAGAUCCAAGCAAUGCUUUGUGUAAAAUCUGUCACAACACUUCAAGGACGUAGAGUUGGGAAAGGUGGCAAAAAAGGCAACCAAAAUGGAGCUCCUCCCCUUCACUUGUUGCUGCCUCUACACCUGUCCCCUCCUUGCAAACAAGCAAUGGCAGCAGAAGGAGCAGCAGUCUCUGCUUGCCUUGCCUUCUCCCUCUAGGUGGCAGCACCGAUUGGGCCCAUAGGAAGAGAGGGCAAGCAAGUAGGGAACAAAUGGAGAACAGGAACAGCAAUGAGGAAGUGGGGGGAGUGUUGAGGCCUACUGAGGGCAUCUUGACCAAGCACCCCGCUCACCCCCUGCACACAAAAACACCUGGAUCUGGCACUGAUUUCGGCCAUAUCAGGACAAUACAUUUAAAGCAGCAUUAUACCACUUUCACAGUCAUGGCUUCCCCCAAACAAUCCAGGGAACUGUAGUUUGUUCAGAGUGUGGAGAGUUGUUUGGAGCGCCCUGUUCAUCUCAAGUUGAGGCUCCAAUACUUUGGCCACCUCAUGAGAAGAGAAGACUCCCUGGAAAAGACCCUGAUGUUGGGAAAGAUGGAGGGCAAAAGGAGAAGGGGACGACAGAGGACGAGAUGGUUGGACAGUGUUCUCGAAGCUACAAACAUGAGCCUGACCAAACUGCGGGAGGCAGUGGAAGACAGGAGUACCUGGCGUGCUCUGGUCCAUGGGGUCAGGAAGAGUCGGACACGACUAAACGACUAAACAACAACAACAUUCAUCUCACAGAGUCACGUUUUCUAGCUGGAGCUGUGUGGGACAGGAUAACCUGGGAGGGACAGGAUAGAACAAAAAUUAUCCACGGUGUAGAGAAAGCAAACUGAUUUCCCCCUCCCAUCUCAUAAAAGUCAGGUGACUCAGGGAUGCAACUACAGUGGUACCUCUGGUUACAGACGCUUCAGGUUACAGACUCCGCUAACCCAGAAAUAGUACCUUGGGUUAAGAACUUUGCUUCAGGAUGAGAACAGAAAUUGCGUGGCGGCAGUGGGGCGAUGGUGGGAGGCCCCAUUAGCUAAAGUGGUGCUUCAGAUUAAGAACAGUUUCAGGUUAAGAACGGACCUCCGGAACGAAUUAAGUACCACUGUAUAGCAGUAGAUCAGGAAUGGGGGAACUUUCUGGGUGCUGCAUGCCAGUGGUGGGUCGGACUGGAGCCAGAUUUGGGGGGCGGGGCGGAACAAUAUAGCUGCCCAAAAGCCAGAUGAUUCUAUACCCAAUUCCAGUGCUUUUUUUCUAAAAAAAUAAAUAAAAAUGUUUAGGGGUACUCUCAUUUUGACUCAAGAAAACCACCAUUUUAUAGUCCAAAUUGGGAAAGAUAAAUACAGUAAAUAGACAAAAGUACAAAGAUUCGCAAAAUGUUUAAGGGUAUGCAUAUUCCUGCGUCCCCCCAAGAAAAAAAAGCACUGCCCAAUUCUAUACAAGAAGACUCUAUGAUUCCAAUUCCCUUCCAGCCCCUGCAUUUCUACCAAGUUUUGCCAUCUGCACAGGACUGUUAUUUCGAUGGGGUUUUGAGGCUGAAGUGUUGAAGAGGCUCCCUCCCCACAACUUUCUGUUUCAUUGUUACGUUUCUAUGGAACCGCGAUCCAAAUGCCUGGCUCACUCUUCAGUUUAAUGAGAACGCAGGCUGAAGCAACAGCAAAACAGUUUGUGCUUGCCAACAUUGAAAGGAGAAUAAUGAGGGGGUGGGGAAGGGCUCUGUUUGCUUUUGGAGAGAAUUGGCAUUGGUCUUAUCUGGGCCUUUAUAGGGAAGGUUGCCAGAAAUACAAGUAAGAAUUUUAUUGAGCAUUAUUUUUAUUGACUGCUUCUUUUGUGCACGCAAUCCUCAUAUGUAAUUUGUCAGCAAGCCCUUUGUGUUGUGGCAUACGGCCAAGGCAACUAGAUCAUUUACUUACUCUCUGAUAAGAAGCUAGUUGCCCCUUCACAGAUAAGGAACCUUUGAAUUUGCUCCACCUGCCCACAACAGUAUCAAAUUUCCACAUGUAGAUAUUGUUUGGAAAGGGGAUAUAGAGAGACCUCAUAUUCAAUCUUUCCUCUGCCAGUGGAAUCUCAGAAAAGUCUGCUUGGAAGUGCGAGAUCAAGACACAUCAUGAAGACAUUGGGUUUUCUGCUUCUCAUUCUGACACUCUUCUUCCUGUACUCAGGUGAGUCACCUAACAUACUGCCAAGGUACCUUUUAGAGAGACUUUCCUCUUGAAAUUUGUGUCGCAUUAUACACUCACAUCUCAGAAAGGGACACACGCCAAUUCCAUGAUUCCAUGAGCUGGAUGUAAGAGCCACAGGGAAUACAAAUGCUUAACAUGUAGAAUUUACUCUGCCGCAUGGAGAGGCUCAAUGACAGCACAGCAAAUUCCUGGUGGUACCUGGCACUGUUACCUGGUACUCUCCAUGCCAAUCCACAUGAUGAAUAUCUUGCAAACAUUAAGGACCCCAGGAGCCACCACACACACAUUUUUGAUGGCCUCUACUGGGCUGCCAUAACACACGAAAGCAGAACUUAUGUGGAGUUCUAAGAGGAAGUUCGACAGGAUUGUGUUGCAAACCGAUGGGAUUUGAACAAAUUUAUGAGGGGAAAGCUUUCAUUUGUGUUGUCAACCAGAUAAUGAAUCUUAAUUUAUUUGUUCAUUUUCACUUCAACUAUUAAUCAGUUAUGUUAUUUGGCUUAUUCCAUAUCAAAAUAGUAAAGGAAAGGUAAGAGAAAAUGCACCUCAUUUUUCAGAGAUGAAUAAAAUGUCCCCCAAUGGACUGCUGUUCAACAGGUGGCUUUGCUUUACAGCUUUUAAAAUUGUUGUUUUGGUUUUAGAUACUAUCGCUGAAGCAAGAAGACCCCAACUACAGGUAAGAGCCAGCUAUUUCUUCUGAUUACACAAUCAAUAUCAUGUAGCUGUAGAGGAGAAUUAAAGCACCUAAUAGUAAGUAAAGAACAAUGAAAACAAAGUUUAGGAUUAAACUAAUUCUUGCAGUGCUGUGCUGUUGAAUCCGAGAGGUUUACAGGGGGUAAAUGUAAAGUUCUGGUCCUGUCUCAUCGGCAUAUUCAUUUCCAUGAAGGAAAUGUGCUCCUGAACGGAAUAGGGAUAAAUAAUUGGCUUAGAAAUGGGAAUGAAAUGCAUUAAGUAAGAAUUGUGGCUCAAAAGCGGUCGGAGUAACUCUACUAUGAGCAAAGGAUACAAUAUAUGGAACUUUUUAGUUUGGAAAAAUGGUGAGAAAGAGGGCACAUGACGGAGGUGUAUCAAAUAACGCAGGGCAUGGGAGAAAUGAAUAGAUAAAUGUUUUCCCACUAUAACACUAGAACUUGGGGCAUACAGUGAAGCUGGAUUUUUGAAGAUUCGGGAGAGACAAAAGAAAGGGCUUCUUCAGUGGUUGAACUAUGGAAUUGAAUCCAACAAACAAUAGUUAUGGCAACCAGCAUAGGUGGUUUUAAAAGAGCAUUAAAUAAAAUUCAUGAAGGAUAAAGCUCCCAAUGGCUACUAGCUAUAAUAGCUAUGCAUUCCAUGGGUGUAGCCAAGGCGGGACAGGAGAGGGCAGCUGUCCACCCCCUAAAUCAAGUAAAUAAAUAAAAAUACCUAACAAACCGGCAAAUCACGUCACAGAUAGCUCGUUCUCCCCUCACUAACAUAGGUAAAAAGGUAAACGGUAAAGGACCCCUGGACAGUUAAGACCCGUCAAAGGCAACUAUGGGGUUGUGGCGCUCAUCUCGCUUUCAGGCUGAGGGAGCUGGUGUUUGUCCGCAGACAGCUUUCCGGGUCAUGUGGCCAGCAUGACUAAACUGUUUCUGGUGCAAUGAAACACCGUGACAGAAAGCAGAGCACAUGGAAACGCUGUCUACUUUCCUGCCACAGGGGUACCUAUUUAUCUACUUGCACUGGUGUGCUUUCAAACUGUUAGGUUGGCAGGAGCUGGGACAGAGAAACAGGAGCUCACCCCGUCGCAGGGAUUCGAAACACUGACCUUCUGAUCGGCAAGCCCAAGAGGCUCAUAAAGCCUGCUGCCACUAACAUAAAUCCUGGCUGUGUCCAUGAUGCACUACUGCAUAGUAUGGGAUGUGAGUAGGGUUGCCAUAUUUCAAGAAGUAAAAAUUCAGACAAAAAGUUGGGGGAACUGGUUGGCUUGUUCCUUGCAGGUUCCUUGGAGGCUGGAUCUGCAGCCCCUGUGGAACCUGCCCCCUGAGGUGGUCACCUUGCCUUGACUCAUGGGUGAGCUGGUCCUUAUCCCCCUGCCCCAUCCAGCUAAGCUGUGACAAUGUUGGUAUCACGCGGGAGCAGAGAUGGGGAGAAAUUCUAUUCAGUUUGCAUUUAAAGGCAAAACUGUCACAUUGCACUUUCUGAAACAAUGUGGGAACUGAAGCAAAGCUAUUAUUCAAAAUUGGCAAAUACCGUAUUUUUUCGUGUAAAAAGUAUGUUAGGAAUUGUGGGUCAUCUUAUACAUGCAUAGUGCGGGGGGGGCGUAGGAUUGGUUGCUGCCAUGAGCCGGAGAUUGUCAACGGCAUGUUAUUGGUUGCUGCGGCAAGGGCUGGUGUUGAUUGGCUGUCGCUGUGGCAAUUGGGCGGGCAAUUGGCGGCUUCUGCCAGCAAGGUGACAGACAAUAGGUGGCUUUUGCGAUGCGUGUGAGUGGCAGUGUAGGUCAUGCAGGUGAGCUAUUUUUGGCAAUCCCACCUAAAAAAAAGCUCAACAACUAUGGGCAAUUCUCCCCCCAAAAAUGUCAACAACUUUGGGCAAUCUCCCCUCCAUUUUCUUAAUUUUGAGUCCCCCAAAAUAGGGGUUGUCUUAUACACGGGAGCGUGUUAUAAACGGAAAAAUACGAUAUCCAAAUUUUGCACUUCAUUCCUCCAGCCAACAGACAUUUACAAAAAUGUAUAUAUUAAAAGGAAAGUGUGCUUAAAAAAUAAUAUAUGAGAGCCAGUGUGGUGUAGUGCUUAGAGUGUUGGACUACUAUCUGGGAGACCAGAAUUCAAUUGUGGCUCAGCCAUGAAGCUUACAGGGUGACCUUGGUUGUUGUGAGGCUAAAAUGAGGGGGGAAGAAUUUGAGCUCUUUGGGGCAAAAAGGUGGGGUCUAAAUGUAAUGAACAAAUAAUGAAAUAAUAUACAAAAAACAAAUUAUACCGAGGGAAAGUGCUUGCAAAAACGUGUACAAAGCGUGUUUUCCUUCAUGGAGAGCACGUGUUGCGGUGGGGGCCGCCAGGACACUCCAAAGUUGGGGGGCGGGCUAAUUGAUCGUUGGCCACUGAUGCGAUUGGGGCUUCCCUUGUUGUUGGGAAGAAGUUAAUGUUGCCAUUUAUUGAUUGACAGUCAGAAAUCCUAAAACUCCUCGCACGGGGCUAGGGCUUCCUCUUUUUGCCCGUGCAUCAGAUUGCCCGUCCCUCCCUCUCUAGAAUAGGGUUGUUCGCUUUGACCUUGCUAUGCCUGUCAUGGGGUCGUCUGCUUUGGAGCGGGGGCCUGGUAGGAAUUUUUUCCAUCUGGCUGAUUGGCUGGGGCCAUUUGGUUUUUGCCUACUGCGUAGCAAAUCGUCACAACUUGUAAGGUUCGCGGUUAGGCAUUGGUUUAUGGUUUGGUUGGUUGAGGGGCAUGGAUUGGCUGUGCCUGCCCUUCUAAUGCCGCUGCUGCAAGGGAUGCCGUUAAAGGAAUUGGGGGCUAACUAUUGCUUGUCCACUCUGUCAGGGGGGCUCGGGCCAUAGCAAUGAGCUCCUGGUUGCAUUUGGGGUGAGGGCAGGUUCCCUGCUCCGCGUAACCCCCAUGUGUAUUCCCCUAUUCUGACUUUCGCAUUGUGCGGAAUGUCAGUCUGUCCCCCAUGGUGGGGGCAGAUAGUCGCAACCAAUGCCUACACAACCACUCACAAAUUUGUAUUUUAAUAAAGUUGUGGCCAAAAUUAUGCCAAAAAUCUUAAACAAAAAUUUCUGUGUGAUGUGUGAGUUAUUGGGGUGGACCUGGGGACCUCGACACGCAAUAGUAAAAAUAAAAUAAAAAUGAUUGGAAUAAACCUGCCUCAAAAUGGUAAUAAACUUCCAGGAGAACAUAAAGAGAGAGAAAACUUAUGAAUUGUUGCAGAAAUAUCUGAAGAACUGAUUUUAAGAUUGGAAAGCAGAAACAGAGAGAACUGAAAUUAACAGACCCCCCUCAAUUCCUGGAAACAGAUAAACAAAAAAUAGAUACAAAUAAAUAAAAUGAGCAAUGUAAAGUUUAUUCAUUUAUUUCAUUUACUUAAGGCAUUUAUACAGCUCCUAAUUGUUUGCAUCUCUGAGCACUGCUUAUAAAACAAGGCAAAAAAAAUCAUGGAACAAUGAAAGAAUUUAAAAAUUAUAAUAAAACCAAACACUAGCUUAAGCUGCAACAGAGCACAGUCAUAUAAUAUACAUAUCCUCUGGUGGGAAAUAAAAGGUAAGUAUUUGGCUUGAUGGUUUUAAACUAGUCAGGGUGUGCAUCUGUGUGGGUGUGUAGGUAUGGUCACAUUUAUUUCUUUAGUUUCAACAUUAAAAAUUACAUUGAGUUGGCUUUUCAAGUAAGCCUGAGAACAUCCCUUGCUUUCUGAAAACACGGAGGACUAUCUUACUAUAUGUUUAUCAUACAUCUGCCCCUGAAAUUCUCCUUAUCUCUUGGCAGAAUGGUAAGGCACAGCAUAACAAUGCUUGGUGAAUGAUCAUGGGUAUUCACUCACUGUGUAUUUAUGUAUGUGCUUAUAUUUAUAAUGCUCAAAUAAGUCAUUGUGUAGCUUAAUGCUAAGUGGGCAAGGAAGCUUGAAAAGGUGCUAUUGCUCUCUGCAGGUUGAUUGCCAAGGCUAUCCGAGAAACUUCUGCACCCUGGAGUUGCAACGAAUGUGUGGUUCUGAUGGCCAGACAUACAGCAAUAAGUGCUUCUUCUGCAAUGCCUUUGUGUGAGUACAGUUUUCCCAUGAUGAACAAUCUGAAAAGGAUGUGCAGGAUUUGUAGCCUAUUUAAGAGAAACGCUGCCUUACAAAGGGCUGGAUCCAAUGUUUGUGCAAGUUUCCUGCUUGUGUAGUGGAUCUUCCCCUCUCUCUCCCACUCUGGCAUGAGGAACCCCACACCUGUUGUAGGUGUUCCUCCAACCCUCUAAACCAAAUUUGGAGCGGGUGGGAGGGCACAAGGAGAGGAAAGGGAAGUUCCAUGGAACAAGUGGAAGUCCUUGCCUGAACAAAACAACCGCCAGAUCCAAUCCAAAUAAUUUUGUAACAUGAAACUUGGAGAAUGAAGCAAUUUCAUCCACUGUUGUCACCAACAGGGCAGUAUCCAACUAAACAGUUGGGCUAGCACAAACACUUGGGGCUCCACAAUGGAACUUCUCAUUCUCUUCUCUCACCAGAACAUACCGGUAUUUAGGAGUUGUACAUGGUGUAGGCGGAGAGAAUAAGGUGAAGUUUCAUUGCAUAGCUCCAAAGUCCUUAUACUAGUAGACCUGUCUAGUUGGAGGCCACCCUAUGGUUGCCAGUUUCAAGUGACCUCUCUUUUUCAGUUGAUCCUACUCACUGGUACAUUUCUUCUGUUUAAUAAUUUUGCAUCUUGUGGAUUCUCACACUCUGCUUUGUCUUUCUCUCACCAGCAAAAGUCGUGGAAGGCUCUCCCUGAUUAGAUAUGGACCAUGCUAUGGAGCUAGGAAUGUCUAA